AGUCGGGGGUGGCCGAGGGAAGGCGACAGCUCCAAGGGGGUGGAGGUGGCUCCGGGAGCAGGAUGCGGGUCCAGUCGGGGCUGACGCUGCUGCUCUGUGCGGUGCUGCUGGGUCCUGCCGUGGCGUCCUCGGACGAAGAAGGCAGCCAGGAUGAACCCUUAGAUUCUAAGUCUGGGCCACCAGAUGAGUCCGUAAAGGACCGUGCCACCGCAGGCAGAGUAGUCGCCGGUCAGAUAUUUCUCGAUCCAGAGGAGUCAGAAUUGGAAUCCCCUGUUCAAGAAGAGGAAGACAGCCUCAAGAACCAGGAGGGAGAAAGUAUCACAGAAGAAAUGAACUUUCUAGAUUCUCCAAAUCCAGAAAUUAAGGAAUAUGAAGAACCAAAGAAAGUGCUGAAACCAGCUUUGACAGCCAUUGAAGGCACGGCCCACGGGGAGCCCUGCCACUUCCCGUUUCUGUUCCUGGAUAAGGAGUAUGAUGAAUGUACAUCCGAUGGGAGGGAAGAUGGUCGACUGUGGUGUGCCACAACCUACGACUACAAAGCAGAUGAGAAGUGGGGCUUUUGUGAAACCGAAGAAGAGGCUACUAAAAGACGACAGAUGCAAGAGGCAGAGAUGAUGUAUCAGACUGGAAUGAAAAUCCUCAACGGAAGCAGUAAGAAAAGCCAGAAAAGAGACGCGUAUCGAUAUCUUCAGAAGGCAGCAGGCAUGAACCACACCAAGGCCCUGGAGAGAGUGUCUUACGCCCUUCUCUUCGGUGAUUACCUGCCACAGAACAUCCAAGCAGCUAAAGAGAUGUUUGAGAAACUGACCGAGGAAGGCUCUCCCAAAGGACAAACCGCUCUUGGCUUUCUGUAUGCUUCUGGACUUGGUGUUAAUUCAAGUCAGGCAAAGGCCCUGGUGUAUUACACCUUUGGAGCUCUGGGGGGCAAUCUUAUAGCACACAUGGUUUUGGGUUACAGAUACUGGGCUGGCAUCGGAGUCCUCCAGAGCUGUGAAUCUGCCUUGACUCAUUAUCGGCUUGUCGCCAAUCAUGUUGCUAGUGACAUCUCGCUAACAGGAGGCUCGGUAGUGCAGAGAAUACGACUGCCCGAUGAGGUAGAAAAUCCAGGAAUGAACAGUGGGAUGCUGGAAGAAGAUUUGAUUCAGUAUUACCAGUUUCUAGCUGAAAAGGGUGAUGUACAAGCACAGGUUGGCCUAGGACAACUGCACCUGCAUGGAGGGCGUGGAGUGGAACAAAAUCACCAGAGAGCGUUUGACUACUUCAACUUGGCAGCUAAUGCUGGCAAUUCGCAUGCUAUGGCUUUCUUGGGAAAGAUGUACUCCGAGGGAAGCGAUAUCGUGCCGCAGAGUAAUGAGACGGCGCUGCACUAUUUCAAGAAAGCUGCCGACAUGGGCAACCCCGUUGGACAGAGUGGGCUUGGAAUGGCCUACCUCUAUGGAAGAGGAGUUCAAGUUAAUUAUGACCUGGCACUGAAGUAUUUCCAGAAAGCUGCUGAACAAGGCUGGGUGGAUGGGCAGCUACAGCUUGGUUCUAUGUACUACAAUGGCAUUGGAGUUAAGAGAGAUUAUAAACAGGCCCUCAAGUAUUUUAACUUGGCUUCUCAGGGAGGCCAUAUCUUGGCUUUCUAUAACUUGGCACAGAUGCAUGCCAGCGGCACCGGUGUGAUGCGUUCCUGUCACACGGCAGUGGAGUUGUUUAAGAAUGUGUGUGAACGAGGCCGUUGGUCGGAGCGGCUUAUGACCGCCUACAACAGCUACAAAGAUGGGGACUACAAUGCUGCGGUGAUCCAGUACCUCCUGCUGGCUGAACAGGGCUACGAAGUGGCACAAAGCAACGCGGCCUUUAUCCUCGAUCAAAGAGAAGCCACUAUUGUAGGUGAGAAUGAAACUUAUCCCAGAGCUUUGCUGCAUUGGAACAGAGCUGCCUCGCAAGGCUACACAGUGGCUAGAAUUAAGCUGGGAGACUACCACUUCUACGGAUUCGGCACGGACGUGGAUUACGAGACUGCCUUCAUCCACUACCGGCUAGCUUCCGAGCAGCAGCACAGCGCACAAGCCAUGUUCAACCUGGGGUACAUGCAUGAGAAAGGACUGGGCAUUAAACAGGACAUUCACCUCGCCAAGCGUUUUUACGACAUGGCAGCCGAGGCCAGCCCGGAUGCGCAGGUCCCGGUCUUCCUGGCUCUCUGCAAGUUGGGCGUGGUCUAUUUCUUGCAGUAUAUACGGGAAACAAAUAUUCGAGAUAUGUUCACCCAUCUGGAUAUGGACCAGCUGUUGGGACCAGAGUGGGACCUUUACCUUAUGACCGUCAUUGCGUUGCUUCUGGGAACAGUCAUAGCAUACAGGCAGCGGCAGCACCAGGACAUGCCCGGGCCCCGGCCCCCUGGACCCCGGCCAGCACCGCCCCAGCAGGAGGGGGCAGCACAGUGACAGACACUGUUCCCAGCCUCGGUCGGCCUUUGCUGAGAACACUUGGGUUUGGCUUAGGACUUUGGAUCAGUGGCCCCUCCUGGAAGAAGCACCAAAAGCGUGGAAUUCUAAAGCUGCUUAGAAUCUGAUGCCUUUAUUUUCAGGGAUGAGUAACUCUCACCUAAACUAAGUUGAAUGUUUGUCUCAGUGCCAUAUGGAAUAACAGCUCUCCGUGGCUUUCCUCUUUUCUUUUGUUUUCCAUUGGAAACAAGAAAGACACUCAAAGUGACGUUCGCUGCAUCCAGCUCUCUCUCUCGGGGCCUGCCAUUCUGGUGUGCGUAAGUUCUUAAGCCAUCUUUGAAGUCUUGUGCAUUGGCAGUAAAAACCGAUCCGAUCGUCCUAAAAAGGAAAGCCCAAUUCAUUGCAGAUUUAACCUUUAAGAUAUUUGAAAGUCUAAAAACAGAAUCGAUUUUUUAAGUUACAAGAAAAAAAAAGGGCUUUGGAACUGUGACAACUGAGAAACUUUGGCUAGUCCCGAUGCAGUAUAUGUAUUCUGCAUAUUUGUUAUUUUAAAAAGUUUGAGAGGUUUCUUCCUGUUGGUGAUUGUCCUACUUUGUACUAUACGUCCUAUACUUCCCUCCUUCAGAGACUGAGAGGUGUGGUUAAUGAAUUCUAUGUGAACCUCACCUCUUUGAAAUGAGAAGUGUGUAAAACUGUGUGACUCCUUGCACUAACAUGUGAAUCACCCCACCUACGCUCUGUAAUGAGCUUGUUCGGAGUAUGUGGAGCCUUGACGCUAGAGCCAGAGGACGGACUGACUAAAUGGGAGAAGGAAGAACUCUGGGUAAUGAGGUACCAAGAUCACAGACACUUUCCCAAACGUUGAAGGAUUUGUUCCCAGGACUAAUUUUAAUUUCUGUUUCUUAUCACACAAAAUUAACAGAUCACCCAACAUGGGGCAUACACGGACUACCCUAACUAUACUCAAAGUGUCUGACAGAGAAUCCGACAUGGAUCAGACUACACGGUAGACACAAGCUGGAGCCUGUUCACAUAGAUCCUUCUCUCUGGCAGUCUGUAUCACAGUAGAAAAGCACCUGCCUGCUUAACUUUUGACCUCACCAUUGUCCUCCUGCUAGGGUUAGAAAAAUCAAGGCUGCUACACUUCAGAGUCAUGUGAUGAAAUACUAAGGGGUGGUAAAACAACAACUAAACUGAGGUCCCAUGAUCACAUAAAUGGAAGAAUUAAACCGAAUUUAUAUUUCCUUCCACUGUCAAGUGGUGUUCACCAGCCUAAGACUGCAUUAGAAAGCAAGCAAGCUUUUUAUGCCUCCUGACAGUCUACUUAGAAUAAACUGUUUUCCCAUAAUCACCCAUCUUCCAGAAGAGGUGAAGAGUUUGCUACUUGCAGAAUUGUAAUCCUUGAGUGUUUGAACUUGGAAUUGUAUUUAGAACUAAAUUAAUCCAGAAUGAACAUGGAAGGCUUUACAUAUAAAAUUGUCUACUAUUUUUGUGUUUAGAUGAUUAUGGGAAACUAUUGAGAAAAGCUUCCUCCUAGAUAGUCGCAUGUAACUUUACAGAGAUUGUCACAGAGAGAACUACACGUGAGAAGGUUAGGAAAUGGGAAGUGCGACGGUGGGCGGUUCUGGGGAACCUCAAGGCUUGUAACCCUCGCGUUUUGCGUGCCCUUGAUGUAGUGCCGAGCUAUCUGCACUGCCUCUUCUCUUCAGAAGUGUAAGUAUAAUCCAUUGGAGCAGCCGCACUUCAUUCCGAAGAAGCUAUAUUGUUUUCUUUGACCUUGAAAUUGAGGUGACUGUCAACUUGCAUCUUGUUUUUCCUCCACCAUCCAUCUACUAAAUCCUUUAGGAACUCCUUCUUCUUUUUAAAUCUCUUUACUUCCCUCUAAGAAAUGUUUGCUUAAAGCAGUGUGCACGACCUGAGGCCAGAGGGGAAAGGGCAGCCUUGUUCAAGUUUGUCCCUUGCUUUAUCCGCUUUCUUACCAGUCCUAGCUCGGAUAUCCUUUUCUCAACUUCCUCCCAUCUUGUGUUUCACUCUGGGUCAUUGGCUACCAGAAGUUUGGAAUAGUUUAUGUAACAUAAUUUGUUCUUAAAGACUUUCUUUGCUCCCUUUUUUCUUGUUUUGUUAAUGGGACGUUGGUACCUAAGAGGAACUAGGUUAGGCUUUUCUCCUAAAAAUAAUGCUCAAUAUUUACCUAAUCAAAUGGCAUCCAUUUGAAUAAAGUGACAAUAACUAAAGCUAGUUAAUGUCAGUGACAUUAAACUAACUCCAGGAUUCAGGAGUUUUAAUGUUAGAGUUUAGACUUAACAGAGUGUGGUUUCAUUUCUCUCUGGUAGCUCAUCUUCCUUGAUAGUCUUAGAGUCUUCCUGCCUUGCAACGGGGGAUGACAGUAGAAUUCUAACUUAAGCCAGUCUUUCCUUGUGCAUCUGGGGUGUUGCUUAGCCAGCUGUUUCAGGAUCUCGAGUGUGUCGGUGUUGCUGCUGUUCUGUCGGACAAAGGUAGUAUUGGUGCUUUUCCUCUCCCUCCCCCAGCUCCUUGUUUGUUUUCGUUUUUGUUUUUGCCUGAUGUUGUUGUUUCUGUUUCCUGGGUGAGGCUUCCCUUAUUAUUAGUCAAAUGGCACAGAAAAAAAAGUAAAUCAAAGCUUUCCAACUUUGUUAUUCAGGACUUAAAUCAGACUAACGUGUGAAUCAUUAAUCUUGACAGCUUGAGUAUCAAGAGAUGCUCUACAUAAAAGACUAAUUUGUAAGUUUUACCACUAUUUUAUUUCUAUACUGUUGUGAAGCUUUAGAAAAAUUUCAGCAGUGUCCUGGUGAUGAUCCGAUGAGUUAUUCAGUUGAAGAGCUGGUUCGUGCCUCCAGGAAGCUUAGAGAUUUGUUAUAUAUUGGGAAUUUGGGCGGCUUUUCAUUUCAUCUUGCUUUGUUUUCGCUCCCUGCUCUGUUCCCCGUGUUCUUAAAACUGUUAUGUUGGAAGUGUGCAUGGAGGCCUAUGAAUGAAAACCACAAUUCCUUGUGUGUAGCGUGUUUAUUAAUGUCUAACUAGACAUGCAGAAACUUCCUUUCUGGAAAGGACUGAUCCAUCACCUGCACAUUUCAGAGGAGAUGCGUCAGGCCAGCAGCCCUCCACCUGCCAGGGGAGCACGGCUGUCUGUUCCAGUGACGGCUAGCAUUUGUUCUGAGAGUCAGUCCGACAUACAUUACACAGUAUUGUGACUAGCAGCAUGCAUGAAAUAACCAGAGCAAAAGAAAACUUCUUCUGUUUUCAUACAGAUAUUUUUCAUUGGUCAUCACUCUUACAUGUAAGUGAAAAUAAAAAUAUCUGGAUGCUAUAUUGUCUUUGGCACUACCUGGUUUUUAAAUGAUGCAAGUUUCACUAAGAAGGAAAAUUUCUCCAUUGUUACGGUAUUUCGAGAGAGUUUAAAACAGGUAAAAAUGUUCUGCAUUUUAAAGUGACUAUUUGACCCAAGUGAAAAUCUGACAUUGUGUGCGUGGCAAGGAUCUCGUGGUUGUGUGCAGGGAGCCAUCUCAGAGAAUGCUGGUUUUCCUGUUUGGACAAACAGACUGACUGAGAUGCUGAUAAUGAUCAAGGCAUAACCACUAUAAAUAUUUAGGAGAGGAAGUUUAAAAAGAAAACUGUAAGCUGGCAUUGUGAAGGAACACCAUGGUAGACAUUUUUUUUGGUAAAUUUAUUUUGUAUUUAAUGAAACACAGUAUAAAGGGUGGUGAAGUGUAAUAUAAUUGUGUACACAGAUCCUGUUAAUAGAGAGUUGUACAGAUUUGUUUUGUACUGUAUCUUGAACCUUGUGAAAUAAAGAUCCACCUCUGGUUA